AUGCAGGCCAUCGCCCUUUUCCAGCUCCUCUUGUUGGCAAUCUUCGCACGUGCCAAUCCCAUCACAAUACCCUCCCCAAAAUCGGUUCAAACCCCAAGCAUAGCGCCUUCACUUCCCACAACCACCUCCUCAGCAACAACCCUCUCGCCUGCACACGCUUUAAAAUUCUCAACAGCCCCCACAGCUCCAGUGCUUCUCCCCGACGCAACUUCGACCGGGCUACGGCCCGAAGUCACAGCACCACCAGGCGUCGAUAGACAACUGGAGGGCGAGACCGAUAUGGUGGGGUUGGAUAUGAAGUUCAGGCAGACGACAUAUUGGAGCUGCGUGGCAUGGACACAUACGACGCAUUGCGGCUGGCAUGAACCAAUAUUGGACGCGGGGGCGGCACGAAUUGGAUGUCCAGGGGCGCAGAUGGCAGUUCGUGCUGGCGUUGUAGCAGGCCUUGUCGGUGGAAUCGUGCUGGGCGCGUGA